CUCUCUUUUUCUCUCUCUCUUUCUUCCUAUUUUACAUCCAAAAUAUAGUACACACACACAAACCUUUCAAGUCUUAUGUACAACUUCUGUUUGUCUCUCUCUACUUCUUGAUUUUCUCUCUCUCUCUCUAAAAAUAAUAAAACUUUUUUUAUUUUCAUCUUGUGGCCCCAACAGAUCGAAAUCUCCAAUCUUUUUUUUUUUUUUUCAGUUUCAUGAGGAUCUGAGCUUCUUCAAUGGUGUUGUUAUUAAACUACCCACUAUGUUCUUUUCUUUUAAUUCUUUCAUAAUAAUAAUAAUAAUAAUAAUAAUAAUUUAAUUAUUUUUUUAAAAAACUAUUAUACUAUUUUUAUUUUUAUUUUUGUCAUUUUUUAAUGGAGUUAAUUCCACUUUUGGGGUUGCUUAAUUUUCUAUGAUUGUUGAGUUGUUGAAUUGUUACAAGUGUUGUUCAUUGUUCAAUCCAUGAUAAAGGGUGUUGAGAAGUGGUGGUUCCAAGAUGUGGGGUUGAGCGUGUUCUAGGACAAAAAAAGCUAGGAAUUUUCCCCAUGUUGAUGAUGAAAAUCGUCCUGAGUGCGUGCAAUACUUGGGUUUCACCGGUGCAAAUUGUCCAUUUACGGGUAUAGCCCAUGGGGCAGUCAAUGAAGAUAUCGGCUAGUUGGCAAAAAUAAUUUGUCUUUCAAGGCAAGUUAGGGGUUCUCUAAAAUUAGGGAAUCUCUAAUUCUCAUACUUACCUCUACACGAACAUACAAGUCUCAACACAUAAUUAACAGACUCUUGAGGAACACCGGAAGAUUCUUGAGGAACACCGGACUUUAUGAAUGGGAACACAAGUGCACUAUAAAGGAUUCUUACCAAGCUAUUACUCUAUGAGGGACCUUAAUGAGGAUUCUAACAGCAGCAGUUGGCCCCUAUUUUAUGGAGAUAAGACCGUACUAAACGGGCAAUAUUGUAAUGGUUUCGCAUCAAGGACUGUAACUGAUGCAUAUCCAGGGUAUGAUAAGGACAUUCUAAAGCAGAAGAUGCUUGAACACGAGGCCAUAUUCCGGAAUCAGGUGGUGGAACUUCAUCGCCUUUACAGAAUUCAGAGGGACAUGAUGGACGAACUUAGAAGAAAGGAGAUGCAUAAACUUCGCUCAUCGAUGGAGCCAUCAUGUUCAUCCAGUCACCUAGGAUCUCAAGUACCAUCUGAGGAUGUCCGGAAAUGGCACAUCCCAAACUUUCCCUUGGAAAAUUCCAGUUAUACGAGACCAUCUGCAUCUGGUACUGAAAUAAUUAAUUCUCCCUUUGGUUCUUCAAAAAGGGAUGGCGUACAGCUUGGUCAAGGUCAAAUGCAAAAUGGUUAUUCUUCGAAAGCCUCUGAUAUUUUGGAGGCUAGGCCCUCAAAGGUCCGGAAAAAGUUGUUUGAUCUUCACCUUCCAGCCGAUGAUUACCUAGAUACAGAAGAAGUUGGGCAGUUGCGAGAUAAUGAAGGAUCUUUAAAUCCCAGUUAUCCUGCUAAUGGGAAUUAUGUAGUUACUCAAGAGAGUAGAUCAAAAUUGUUUCUUGGUUGUGGUGGUGGUGAUGCAAAGGGUGGUAGCCGAAAAGAUGCUUCAACAUCCAAUUUGUGUUUGAGAAGCUCAAUUGGGCUGGCUGACCUAAAUGAACCAGCGCAGCUUGAUGAAGCGACUGAUCCUGUUGAUUUUCUUGGUUAUGUUAAUAAUCAUAAAGAAACUAGAAGCAUAAAUGCUUCUGCAAAAUCAAAUCCGCCGUUUGUGGCUUUGCCUUGGAAUUCCAAUUGUAUAAGCCCAAACAAGUCUUCAAGUAACCUAUAUGAUCGAAGUAGAGGCAAAGAGAGGGAGUGGUUGGCUUCGGCAUAUGAAACAGGUAACAUCAAAGGUAGCUCAGCUUCUUUACCAAGAGGUCUUGAAGAAGACAAGAUAUCGGCAGCUUCCCAUCAAGCACCGGUAAUGAUUAACAAAGCCUAUCAAGCUCCGGGAGCUCAGCUAGUUCACCAUAUUAAGGAUGGCAUUUGGAAAGACAGAAUGGGACAUUGUUUAGAUAUGUCUCACAGAAAUGGCGAGCAGUCUAACUAUACUCAAGUGGGACCAUUUGUUGCAUCCAAGAUGGCUAGUCCAUAUCCAUGUGGAAGUUCCUCCGAAUUUAGCAGUUCAUGGCCGCACUCUGUCUCUUCAUGGGAGAAAUCAAAUGGUAGCUUUACUCAGAGAUUAUCCUCGUUGCAUACGAACUCUUUCUUCAACUCAUCUGCAGCAGUUGGUAAGGGUUCACAAUCAUCUCAGGGCCAAAUUGGAGACCAUUGGCCUGCAAAUGGCAGUUCUAGGUUGCGUCCAGGUUGUGCCGGUGAGCAACCCAUCCAGAGUAGUUUUUACCAUGGGUCCUCAUCUGGGACCAAAGAAUCAUCAAUUCACGUCCCUUCAACUGCUUUUGACUCUUUGAGCCACAUUAAGGGGGACCCUUUUACAUCUGAGCGACCCUCCAAUAAUGUGCGUGAGAAUUUUCUCAUUAGCCCUAACAAUACGGAUGUGAAGCCUGCAAAAGGCUUCAACUUAAAUGUGCUAGCAACGACUGCACUCUGUGAGGAACCUCCUAGACGAGAUGUUGAGUUUGGUAAUGAAAAAAGAGAGCAUCAAGACCCUAUGACAGUGUUGCCAUGGCUUAAAUCUAAAGCAAAUGGCAAACAUGAGGGCGUCGAUACUAGGACAGGUGGUACUUCAGCAAAUUCAGGCUUUGUCCAGGCUUACUCAAACCCCCCUCCUUUUUGCCAGAGUGGUCCAUCAACUUUGGAACAUCACCAUAUGAAGACCAGAAAAGAAGCGAGUGAGACGCAACAUGUAAGAAAAAUUCUUGGUGUUCCAAUCCUUGAUAUGCCCAUUGCUUCUAGAAAUGAGUCAUCACCACUUGUUUCUGCUUCCACUAAUCUUCAUUCCUCUCCUGAGAGAGAGACUAUCAAACAUGAGAGGAGGAGUAUGGUGAUCGAUAUUAACGUGGCUUGUGAUAUGAUUGAGCCCGAGGAACCUGCUGCUGUAGAACAAAUUGUCACCGAGAAAGCAAUGGAGACCAAAACUAUCAUCAGGAAUCACUUUGAUUUGAACUCAUGUAUUUCUGAGGAUGAAGAGCCAAUUUCUGCUGAAACCGAUAAGGCCACCGUGAAGACUAUUCUAGACAUCGAUCUGGAAGCCCCUGCAGUUAUGGACAUUGAACAAGACAAUUUGCCUGGAGAAGACAACGACAAGCAACGUGAGGCAUCUUCGCAGCUGCCUGAACAUAAACCUGAGCACACAGAGGAGGAACUACUCAGGACUGCAGCAGAAGCAAUAGUUGCCAUCUCAUCAUCCACUCAUUGCACCUCGAUAGAGGAAACACAUAGUGAUCCGUCUGAUGAUCCUCUGGAAUCCCUACUAUGGUUUGUUGAUGUGGUCUCUUCUUGUGCAGCAGAGCUUGAUAGUACGGCUGCCAAAGAAACUACAUGCAAGAACACCAUGAUGGUUGCACAUAGUUCUUUUAAGGAAUUAGAUUACUUUGAAGCAAUGACAUUGCAACUAACAGAGACCAAGCCGGAAGAUUACAUGCCCAAGCCUUUUGUUCCUGAAGUCCAAAUAUUGGAAGAGGCAGGAGCCAGUUCACUGACAAACCGACCCCGAAGAGGGAAUGCAAGGAGGGGAAGACAACGGAGGGACUUCCAAAGGGAUAUCCUUCCCGGUUUAGUUUCAUUGUCAAGGCAUGAGGUGACCGAAGACAUCCAGAUAUUCGGAGGGUUGAUGAGAGCAACAGGUCAUGCUUGGAACUCCAGUUUGACUAGAAGGAAUGGGACAAGAAAUGGAGGUGCUAGGGGAAGGCGGAAAAAAGUUGUGGACACUACCACCCCUGCCCCACCGGUGUCGACCACAACAACUACGAGCUCUCAACUAAUGCACCAAUUUAAUAACAUUGAAGCCAGUUUGGAAGACAAAAGCAUAACAGGGUGGGGGAAGACACCUAGACGCCCUCGGAGACAAAGAUGUCCUGCAGGCAAUCCUCCGGCUGUCCUGUUAACUUAGACGCACAGGGCAAAACGAGGCUGUAAUUUUAUCCAUUCAUCAUUUAUAGAGAUGACAUUAACCGAUUAACGGAUUUAGGGAGCUUUGUUUAUGAAUUUCCGGAGUGAAAUUUUUAGCUACAUGGGGAUUGUCAUUGUACAUGUCUUUGUUCUUGCUCCAUAAUUUGGAGCCCCCCAUUAUUGUGUUUCUUCCAUUGGAUUUACUGACCUUGUUUUCAGCAAGGUGCCUGCAUAAUGUCUUGUGCUAUUAGCAUAUCCAGUGAUGUUGUUGGGUUUCCA